AUGCUGGCUCGUACCUUAAUUUCAAGAGCUAUAUUACUAAGAACCGCAAAGACCACCGCCGACCAUGCCAAACAGUUAAAGAGAAACGCUGGGCACGGCGUGUGGUCAUAUAGAGUGCCACCUCCCAUGCCUUCGAAAAGAGCUCUCGCUAUAUCGCAGGUUCUUGGUGGAAUAUGUUGGUGGUGGAUUCUGUACCAUAUUGCGACGGAACCAGAGCAUAUCUAUGGUGAAUGGCCAUAUAUUGAUCCCAGUACUUGGACUGAUGAAGAAUUGGGAAUUCCACCCGACUCUGCUGGACCAUUGAAACAGUAA